GUCUCUGGAUAUAUACCCCAGCCGACCCAGUGCCCCUUCAGUUCCUUCUUACCGCCUAUGACAGUCAUUGCAACUGUGGAGCGCGGCAUAGCUGUCCUCCACUCUCCCUGGCUUUUGCUUUUCGGUUUUAGAUAGUUCUAGUUGUUAUAGUCGUAUAGUUAGUAUAGUGGAGUAGUUGUUAUAGGGUAAGAUUUGUAAUUAAAUUUAACGGGUUGGAAGGGGUCCUCCCCCUGCCUGCCGCCUGGUCUCAUACCCAAGGCUUCGGGUUUUAAACUGUGUCGAGCCUGCUCAAAGUCUAUGUCAACGGGAGACCCCUAUGACCCUUGUUUGAAUUGUCUCGGGGAAUCUCACCAGACAGACAAGUGUAGGAUCUUUAAGGCGUUCAGACCUCAAACCAAAAAGGAGCAGGACUUUAGGCUCAAGCAGCUCCUUAUGGAGGCGGCCCUUAGCCCGGAUCUCCCAUCAGCAUGCCAAGUUCUGGCAACGAGUGCAUCGGUAUGCAGUGCCCUGGUGUCAGCUUCAGGUCUGCCCUGCGGGGAGACUCGGAUAGAGGCCCGCAGCACCGGAUCUCUCCAGCGCCACGUCCAGUGCAAGUGACUCGGCGCCGUUCCCUGUCUCCAGGCCAGAAAAGACAGCAUAAACUGGAGGUGACUGCCUCUCAGCAACAGGCACCGGCACCGCCUUUGCCAACUUCGUAGUCUUGUCCGGCACUGAAGCGACCGAGAGUACAAGCGCCGAUAUCGGCACUGUUGACUCUGGCAUCAAGGGAGGGCCAUUGAGUCUGGCGCAUACUGGCUUCUUGAUGGAACCGUGGUUGAGCCCUGGCUUCCAUCAACGCUGGAGACAUUUGCAACAGCAAGAGACUUCAUUGCCCUCACAGAGCCGGCACCAGUGCAGGCUACAGCACCGCCUCCGACUCGUGUGGUACAGUCUAGGGGCAAGCCAACCCUAAUAUGUCCACCAUCUCCUACCAUGGAAACACGGCACUGCUCCUGAUCCCUGAGUAGGUCCCGAUCCUGAUGCCGCUCGCAGUUCUGAUGCCAUUCCCUCUCACAGCGCUGGUUGUACUUGCAGCUCUGGUUGUACUUGCGGCACUGAGCCGCCUCACGGCAUGGCUCCGGGCUGUGGUAUCGUUCGGACUCCCGACAUCGCUCCCAACACUGGUCAGAGCACUGAUCUCCUUGCCAGAGCUUAUCCUGGCACCGCUCUUGCAGGCAGUUAUUGUCACAAUCCAGAUCUGGAUCCUGGUACCGGUUCGGUCAUCAACGCCCAUCUCGAUCCUGGUACCGCUCCCCAGCGCCUCACCGGCACCGCUCUCCAGCAACCUGGUACCGGACUGCACUGCACCCCAGAGAGUCGACACAGAUACACUCCGCACCGCCUUGGUCCUUGUGUUUCGCCUCACGGUCAUCACAGUCUGAGGCCGCCUCGUGAUCAGCCUACCCCGCUCCAAGCCAGAGCGAGGGUAAUAUGGGUCAAUGGCAAGACGAAGGCCAAGACCCUAAUCAGAAACUUGCACAAUGGUCCUUCUGGACCCCGUGGGCUUACCACCAAGCCCAAGGGGUUCCAUCGGAGGCCUCCUGUUCAGCCCAUUAAGAACACUAGGUACCAGAAGCCACCAUAAGUCGUCCUCCGGGGGGUAUGGAAGCGUCUGCACCUACCCAAGCGCAGGUCCCAGACCCCAGUGUAGCAGAUCCUGGGCAACAGGAGCCCUCACAACAUGAUCUGUCACAGGAUCCCCUGACCCCUGUGGCAUCUUUCUCAUCCUCUCCAGAUGAGGCAGUGGCUGGGACAACCACCUCUGUUCCUCCCCCGAUAGACCUUUGUGCCCACCAAGACAUUUUACGUAGGGUGGCACGUAAUAUGGACCUACAAGCGGAGGAGGUAGUGGAACUGGAGGAUCCAGUGGUGGACAUCCUUUCAGUGGAGGUCCCGUCCCGAGUAUCAUUGCCCAUCAUCCGCACCAUCCAGACCAACGCCAAGACAAUCUGGCAGACCCCUGCCUCUAUCCUAACGACGGCCAGAGAAGUGGAGAAGAAAUACUUUGUCUCCUCCAAGGAGUAUGAGUAUCUUUAUACUCGCCCUCAGCCUUGUUCACUAGUGGUGUCCUCUGUGAACGGCAUGGUCAACACGCUCCAGUGCCCAAAUCAAAAGACGCCAGGCCUCUCAAUUUACUUAGGCUCUAGAUUCACUCAGUGGGGGGUCUUAAGCUCAGGAUCGCAAACCAAAAAGCGCUCCUGAGCCUUUUUGACCAUAACUCGUGGAACUCCACAGUGAAAUUUAAGGAUUUAAGUCCGCAGGAGUCCAGGGAUGAGUUUGGGGCCUUAGUGGAAGAGGGCAAAAAGGUGGCUAGGACUUCCUUACAGGCCUCCUUAGAUGCGAUAGACUCUGCGGCUAGGACCCUGGCAUCGGGCAUAGUCAUGCAACACAUCUCCUGGCUGCAGGCAUCUGCCCUACUGCCAGAGCUACAACAAACCCUUCAGGACCUGCCAUUUGAUGGGCACGGCCUGUUCUCAGACAAAACAGACUCUAGACUACAGAGCCUGAAAGAUUCCAGGGCUAUCAUGUGCUCCUUGGGAAUGCACAUCCUGGUUACCCAGUGCAAGUCCUUUAGGCCACAGCCUCAAUGGUUCUAACCCCUCCCUCCCCCCGCCCUCAUCCAAGGCAGGACUUUUAUAGAAGACGUGGAUGAGGUGGUAGAAAGAAAUCAACCAGCCACCAACCUGGUCAGAACCAAGGCCCUCCCAAACCAUCAACGGGGCGCAGGCAAAACUUUUUGAAGGUGCGCCUGAGGAUGGCAUACCAGUCACCAUCCAGGAUCCUUGCUCCCUCUUUUGAGAUUGUCUCUGUCUCUCCCGUUUCUACCAGGGGUGGUCCUGUAUAACUUCAGACCAAUGGGUUCUUAGCACUGUGGAAAAGGGAUAUUCUCUCCAGUUUUCUUUCCUCACCCUCCUUCCCCGUCCCUCUUCAGGGACCCCUCUCAUGAGCAACUCCUUAUCCAGAAGGUCCAAACAUUCCUGUCCAUGGGAGCGAUCGAGGAGGUUCCAAGGGAGCUGAGGGGCAGAGGUUUUUACUCCCACUACUUCCUAAUCCCCAAGGCCAAGGGUGGGCUUCGACCCAUUCUCGAUCUGCGUGGACUCAACAAAUUCAUGAUAAAGUUGAAGUUCCGCAUGGUUUCACUGGGGACCAUUAUUCCUUCCCUGGAGACUGGUUCGCCGUCCUCGACAUGAAGGGCACAUACUUCCCCAUAGCGAUUUACCUAGCGCACAGAUGCUUCCUUCGCUUUGUGGUCAGUCACGAACACUACCAAUUUGCUGUCCUUCCCUUUGACCUGUCCACGGCUCCCAGGAUGAUCACCAAAUGUAUGGCCGUCGUGGCAGCCUACCUUCAUCGACAAGUGUUUCCGUAUCUCGACGACUGGUUUAUUCAGGGCCGCACCAGGGACCAAGUACAAUCCCACAUUCAACUCACCCUAAGCACGUUCCACCAGCUGGAUCUCCUUCUCAACAACAAAAAGUCAACUCUGGAACCAACCCAGAGAAUAGAGUUUAUUGGGGCAGUCUUAGACUCAAGACUCGCCCAAGCUCUCCUGCUGGAUGCACGCAUUCAGUCAAUGGUGAAUAUCAUCCGCAGCCUUCAAAAUUUCCCUACUUCCAAGGUAAAGAUGUACCUCAGCCUUCUGGGGCACCUGGCUUCAUGCAUUUACAUAACCAGGCAUGCCACACUUUGGCUUCACCCGCUUCAGACCUGGCUAUCAACAGUAUAUCGACCAGGUCGAGACAGCCUGAGCAUGGUGGUCACUGUUCUGGAAUCAGUUUUGACCUCCCUCCGUUGAUGAUUGAACCCCACGUCGGUGUGCAGAGGGGUGCCAUUUCACACCCCGCAACCUUUCUUGUACCUAGUCACAGACACAUCAUCUCUGGGAUGGGGUGCCCACCUCGGGGAACUCCAAAUGCAGGGCUUUUGGACAACAUCCGAACUAACUCUACACACCAGUGUACGAGAACUGAUGGCAGUACGCCUAGCUUGUCGCAUUUUGCGUGCACUUACGUGGCCGUUGUGUGGCAGUACUCACAGACAACACUAUGGCCAUGUUCUACAUCAACAAGCAAGGGGGAACCCGGUCUUCCCCCCUACGCCAUUUGCCUGUGGGAGUGCUGCAUAGUCCACUCGAUACAUCUGGUGACGUCAUUUCUCCUGGGGGUCCAGAACACUCUGGUAGAACGCCUCAGCAGGUCCUUUCAGCCUCACGAGUGAUCAGUUUGCCCAGACAUCAUCCACUCCAUCUUCCUGAGGUGGGGGUCUCCCCAGGUCGACCUAUUCGCCUCACGCAACAAUCGGAAGUGCCAAGUGUUCUGUUCUCUCCAGGGAUGUUCUCAGGGUUCCGUAACAGAUGCUUUCCUACUUCUGUGGAAAAACCACCUGUUCUACGCUUUCCCUCCAUUCCCGCUAGUUCAUAGGGUCCUGGUCAAGUUACUCAGGGACAGGGCAUGUAUGAUUCUGGUCACCCCAGCAUGGCCUAGGCAGCACUGGUAUGCCAUGGUCCUGGAGUUAUCGGUAGAGCUUCCGAUCACGCUCCCGCUGUGGCUGAACCUGAUCUCACAAGAUCACAGGCGCCGUUGCCAUCCCAACCUGCAAUUGCUCCACCUUACAACGUGGAUGCUGCAUGGCUAACUCAGUCGUAAUUACUCUGCUCACAAUUGGUGCAGCAGGUUCUGUUAGGCAGCAGGAAACCCUGCACUCGGGCCACGUACCUAGCCAAAUGGAAGCGAUUCUCCUGUUGGUGUGAGUAGCGCACCACGCCCCCCCUUGCAGGCAUCGAUACCACUUAUACUAGAAUAUCUCCUAUCCCUAAAGCAGCAGGGCCUGGCAAUAUCAUCUGUCAAGGUGCACCUGGCUGCCAUCUCAGCGUUCCAUCCAGGAGAACUGUCUUCCUCUGUCUUCUCCAAUCCCAUGGUCAUUAAAUUUCUGAAGAGUUUAGAUCGCCUCUAUCCACAAGUGUGACAACCGGUUCUGGCGUGGGACCUUAACCUGGCCCUUUCCAGACUCACAGGGCCCCCAUUCAUGCUGAUGGCCACCUGCUCACUUCUUUACCUGUUUUGGAAGACAGCCUUCCUUGUAGCCAUUGUUUCAGCAAGACACGUAUCUGAGAUCAGAGCCCUCACGUUGGAGCUGCCGUAUACAGUUUUGCACAAAGACAAGGUGCAGCUUCGCCCCCACCCUGCCUUUCUCCCCAAGGUGGUAUCAGCUUUUCAUGUGAACCAGGACAUUUUCCUCUCAGUCUUUUAUCCGAAGCCAAACACUAUGCUGCAGGAUUAAUGUAUGUACUCCCUUGACAUUGGUAGGGCUCUCGCCUUCUAUAUCGAGCGUACUAAACCAUUCAGGAAAAUGAUCCAACUCUUGGUCGCAGUGUGGCCGACUGGAUGAAAGGCCCACCGGUCUCCUUGAAACACAUCUCCUCAUGGAUAAUGGCCUGUAUCCGUGCUUGCUAUGACUUGGCCUGUGUCCUGACCCCAUGCCUCACCGCCCGCUCCACAAGGGCUCAAGCCUCAUCGGCCGCUUUCCUGGCCCAGCUCCCAACAGGAGAUCGGUAGAGCUGCCAUUUGGUCAUCAGUACAUAUCUUUGCCGCUCACUACAUAUUCAGCAGUCUAGAGACAAUGCCGGAUUUGGUUCAGCGGUUCUGCACUUAGCGAUGUCUCACUCCGACCCCACCACUUAGGUAAGACUUGGGAGUUACCUAAUUGGAAUUGAUAUGAGCAAGCACUCGAAGAAGAAAAGAUGGUUACUCACCUUCGUAACUGUUGUUCUUCUAGGUGUGUCGCUCAUAUCCAUUCCAAACCUGUUGUCCUUCCCCUCUGUCGGAUUAGCCGGCAAGAAGGAACUGAGGGGGCGCCAGGUCGACUGGGGUAUAUAUCCAGCGCCAUUAAGGUGCCACUCCAGGGGUUUCCACAGCUGACCCACAGGGUGUUGCUAGGGUAAAAAUUCUCUGACGAUCGUGCACCUGGCGCGCAGACACCUAAUUGGAAUGGAUAUGAGCAACACAUCUUGAAGAGCAACAGUUACAAAGGUGAGUAACUGUCUUUUCCUUCACUUUGACCCUGCACUGCAGUGUGUCCUGAUCAUGGCCCCUUUUUGUCAAGCGUGAAAUCUUUCCGUAGGUAUCGUAAUUCUUACAGCUGUAGCUCAGCUGGGACUGGACAGCCUCCUCUCCCCAAAUGCUGAUGAGGUCCAGCAGUUCGGCAUUGCUCCAAGCUGGGGAUCGCCUGAUGCGGGCAGCAGUCAUGGCCACCUGGAAAGAUGCACUGAGACCAUUGCACACAUCACCGAGCAAACAGGAAGGGGACUUUCAGAAUUCACAAGGAAUUUAUGGGGGUUUCUCUUCAGAUGCCAUUGAAAAUGACUUUAAACCAAAUGAAGAACCUCUUCUCAGAAAAAAUCCUCGUAGAUUUGUCAUCUUCCCACUCCAAUACCCGGAUAUAUGGAACAUGUAUAAAAAGGCACAAGCGUCCUUCUGGACAGCAGAAGAGGUUGAUUUAUCAAAGGACUUCCCUCACUGGAACAAGCUGAAAUCAGAAGAAAAAUACUUCAUCUCUCAUGUCCUUGCUUUUUUUGCAGCCAGCGAUGGAAUUGUAAAUGAAAAUUUGGUGGCGCGAUUCAGCCAGGAAGUGCAAAUCCCAGAGGCUCGCUGUUUCUAUGGAUUUCAGAUUCUAAUUGAGAAUGUUCACUCGGAGAUGUACAGUUUGCUAAUAGACACUUACAUCAAAAAUCCCAAGAAACGAGAAUUUUUAUUUAAUGCAAUUGAAACAAUGCCUUGUGUCAAGAAGAAAGCAGAUUGGGCCCUGAAGUGGAUAGCAGACAGAGACUCAACUUUUGGGGAGAGAGUGGUUGCCUUUGCCGCAGUGGAAGGGAUCUUCUUCUCAGGUUCUUUUGCUGCUAUAUUUUGGCUGAAGAAGAGGGGUCUGAUGCCUGGACUGACAUUCUCCAACGAGCUCAUUAGCCGAGAUGAGGGUCUACACUGUGACUUUGCUUGCCUAAUAUUUCAUUAUUUAGUGAACAAGCCUUCAGAAGAGAGAGUCAAGGAGAUCAUUGUUAAUGCAGUUGAAAUUGAGCAGGAGUUUUUAACAGAGGCUUUACCAGUAGGGCUGAUUGGAAUGAAUUGCACUUUGAUGAAACGGUACAUUGAAUUUGUGGCAGACCGGUUACUGACAGAACUUGGGUUCUCUAAGGUCUUUCAAGCAGAAAACCCUUUUGAUUUCAUGGAGAAUAUUUCACUGGAAGGAAAAACAAAUUUCUUUGAGAAGCGGGUUUCAGAGUAUCAGCGCUUUGCAGUUAUGGCAGAAACAACGGACAAUGUUUUCACUCUGGAUGCAGAUUUCUAAUCUCUCUUCAGAGAGCAUCUUGACUUUUUCCCCUCCCCCAUCUCACUGCUUGGGAAGUUUUAUGUAUUUCUUCUGAAGUCUACUAGGAUUUGUUUUCUGGCUUCCUACUUUGUGUGAAGUUAUAAAUUUACACUUGAAUAGAUUGUAAUUUAGCAAUACAAUAUGUAGGUUAUAACCUAUAGUGUAAAUAUCUUUUUGCAUUGCACCCUGUAAGAAGGUCCUCUUAGAAAUUCAUGCAGCUUCUUAAAGGGAUAUACUAUAAAGAACUUGUUUGACACAUGUUGUUGUGACCAUUGGAUAAAACUGGAUGGGUGACUUGUUUUAAAUGGCUGCAAUAAAUGUUUUACUGUGCUUUAGUUAA